AGGUGAAAGAACUAAGGCACGCUCUCGAGACUGGCUCCUGCCGUCUCAUACUUUGUUCUCUGGUUCGGAUCCCCAAUAGUUAAUAGUUAAAAGUAGUAGAAUAGGUCUGUAGGAUUCUCUAUAGAUCUUAAGUAUGGCUUCUGCCGAUGUUGAAUUCCGCUGCUUCGUUGGUGGCCUUUCCUGGUCCACUGAUGACAGGAGCUUGAAAGAUGCCUUCACGGCUUUCGGCGAAGUCAUGGAUUCUAAGGUUGUGAGCGAUCGAGAGACCGGAAGAUCCCGAGGAUUUGGAUUUGUAACUUUUAUGGAUGAGCAGUCCAUGAGAGAUGCCAUUGAAGGUAUGAAUGGACGGGAUUUGGAUGGAAGAAAUAUUACUGUAAACCGUGCCCAAGCCAGAGGAGGCGGCGGCGGCGGCGGCGGCGGUGGCGGUGGCGGUGGCUAUCGUGGAGGCGGUGGUGGCAGCGGAGGAUAUGGUGGUGGCGGCAGUGGUGGCUAUGAAAGUCGUCGAAGUGGUGGUGGAGGAAGUGGUGGUGGAGGUUAUAGUGGAGGAGGCCGUGAGCGAUCUGAGCGCGGUUAUGGUGGCGGAAGCCGCAAUGGAGGAGGAUAUGGUGGUUAUAGCGGUGGCGGCGGCGGCGGCUCUCGUUACGGGGGAGGGGGUGUGUCUGAUGACGGUGGCUGGAGAAGUUAGUUAGGGUUUGUUCAUUUUUAGCUUUUUAGCAUGUUUCUGUAGGGUUGUGGUGUAUAGGAUGACUAUGCUGAAUGAAGUCACUGCUAUCUCUUUCUGAUGGUACAUCGAGGAGUGCCAAUCUAUAUCGGUUUUUGAUAUGGUUACAGUGAGCAUAUACUAGAUCUAUGAUGAGAUUCUAUAUGACUACCUUUAUGUUUUGAUUAUGGUUCAAAAAAAUUUCCUGUUCUGUGAUUA